AUGCCCUCAUCAACACCAACGCAUAUAUCACUUCAUCUACCCCACCUCGUAUCUCCUCUCAUCUACCCCACCUCGUAUGCCCCCUCAUCUACCCCACCUCGUAUGCCCGCUCAUCUACUCCACCUCGUAUGUCUCCUCAUCUACCCUACCUCGUAUGUCCCCUCAUCUACCUCAACACGUAUGUCCCCUCAUCUACACCGCCUCGUAUGUCUCCUCAUCUACCCCAACACGUAUGCCCUCUUCUACAUCACCCCAUAUAUCCCCUUAUCUACCUCACCUCGAAUGUCAUUUCAUCUAAACCAACUUGUAUCUUCUCUCAUCUCCCCCACUUUGAUUGUCCCCUCACCGACCCUACCUCGAAUGUCCCCUCACCGACCCACCUCAGAUUUCCUCUCAACUACCCCACCUCGGAUGUCCCCUCACUUCCUCGUUUUCCUUACGCUUUUUCUUCUUACGUAA